UACACUACGUUUUCGUCUACCCCUCCGCUUGUGUGACGCGAGUCCCGCCUCCCUACGGCCCGUGUUAUGCCCGCUUCCCUCCGUCUCUUCAGCGUCCCUUCCCGAGCGACAGAGCUAGGUUGUUAGUCCCCAACACGGAGCAAUACUACUGACACCAGCGACUGACUGAAACCGAGGGGAAGAUGGAGCACAGAGACCCUCAUUUCAACAUAUUGUUAGCUACGGAUUCUUAUAAGGUGACGCACUACAAGCAGUACCCUCCCAACACCAGUAAAGUGUACUCCUACUUCGAGUGCCGCGAGAAGAGGGCUGACCCGACCAAGAACAGAAAAGUGAAGUAUGAGACGACGGUCUUCUACGGCCUGCAGUACAUCACCAACAAAUACUUAAAAGGGAAGGUGGUGACUCCAGAGAAGAUCCAGGAAGCAAAAGAGGUGUACAGGGAACACUUCCAGGAUGACGUCUUCAAUGAGAAGGGCUGGAACUACAUACUGGAGAAGUAUGACGGCCACCUACCCAUAGAGAUCAAGGCGGUGCCGGAGGGAAGUGUGAUCCCACGGGGUAACGUCCUCUUCACCGUGGAGAGCACCGACCCAGAAUGCUACUGGCUCACCAACUGGGUGGAGUGAACUUUAAGGGCACAGACACAGUGGCUGGCAUCGGCGUGAUUAAGAAGUACUACGGCACCAAAGACCCCGUGCCUGGCUUCUCUGUGCCCGCCGCGGAGCACAGCACCAUCACGGCGUGGGGGAAGGACCACGAGCGAGAUGCCUUUGAGCACAUCGUGAGGCAGUUUCCCAACGUGCCCGUGUCUAUCGUCAGUGACAGCUAUGACAUCUACAACGCCUGUGAGAAGAUCUGGGGAGAAGACCUGAGGAGUCUCAUUGAGUCCCGCAGCGCUGACGCCCCACUGGUGGUCCGCCCCGACUCAGGGAACCCCCUCGAUACCGUACUGAAGGUGCUGGAGAUCCUGGGGAAGAAGUUUAUCCCUACGGARAACUCCAAAGGCUACAAAGUUCUGCCGCCCUAUAUCAGAGUUAUACARGGGGACGGAGUGGACAUCAACACCCUGCAAGAGAUCGUGGAGGGGAUGAAGCAUCACAAGUGGAGCAUUGAGAACAUCGCCUUUGGCUCUGGAGGGGCUCUGCUGCAGAAACUGACCAGGGAUCUGCUCAACUGCUCCUUCAAAUGCAGCUACGUGGUCACCAACGGCCUGGGGGUGAAUGUGUUCAAGGACCCGGUGGCGGACCCUAACAAAAGGUCAAAGAAAGGUCGUCUGUCUCUGCACCGGACAGCGAGCGGGGACUUUGUCACUCUGGAGGAGGGCAAGGGAGACCUGGAGGAGUACGGCGUGGACCUGUUACACACAGUGUUUCAGAAUGGGAAAAUUGUCAAGACGUACACAUUCGAUGACGUCAGAGACAAUGCCAAGAUAACGGACAGUGACCUCAAGGAGCUCCUCCACUGAGGGGCCGCUGACCCCUGAACCUCUGACCUCCAUCACCCCACCGGAGGCGGCACAUUGUCAAUGACCCUCCCUCAACCCCCACCCACCCUCCCAGAAGCACUGUCCUCCACUGGAGAGGAGAGUAGACCCACACACACACACACACGUCCAAACCCACACCUGAGUGAAAGCCAAGGGRUAGAGGAAGUAGUGAGUGAAUGAGGCGAGUAAGAGAGUGAGGGAGGGAGAGAGGAGUGAGCGAAACAAGUAARAGAUAAAGAUAAAGGAAGUUGAGUGAGAUAAAUGAGCGCGAAAGAGAGCUAGAAAGAGAUGUAAACGAACACACUGACUGUACCCUGUGUUGUGUGUACAGAGCUGUUUAAAGUCAUUAAUAGUCUAUUUAGCAUUGUCUUUUAGUGAUGGAUGGAAUGAUAUCGUGGUAUAGAAAUCAUUUAAACCGCGGUUACGUCAGUGUUUAUCUGACCAAGUGUUGCUAUAAAUUGAUCACAGGAAAGGAGGAUACUGUUUCUACUGUGUUCAUGAAAGUUUCCGGAACUUUGUGUGGUUCUAGAACUGAGAGGUAUWUGUUUAAUGUUCCUGAGUGUGGAUGUUUGUGUGUGCGUGCUGACAGUUUCUUCCUUUUUAAAGGAACGUUGUGUUCCUUUAUGCAAAUUAGUUUGCUGAUCAGGGGAACACRUACUCUACCUUUUUUAAGUUGUUGGCCUUUUUUWAAAUACAUUUUCCCUGGUUCUUUAGAAGACACUACCCACACGUGGGCAAGUCGCCAUCUAGAGGCCAACUAAUCAUGUUGCUAAAACACUGUCUACAGAACUGCACGACACAGUCUGUAUGUCUGGAAUGGAACCCUAUUCCCUUUAUAGUGCACUUUUUUUUGACCUGUAAAAACGAGUGCACUGUAUAGGGAAUAGGGUGCCAUUUGGGAUGCAGAGUGUCAAAUCUCUCUCUUUGUGGCUCCUUUUUUAUUUGUGUGAAAGUACAAAUAUUUGUUACACAUUUUUCUUUGCUUUAGAGAACAAGAAGGCAUCUGUCUCUGAUAUUGAAUUAUGGGGAACUUUUCCKUAGAGCUUGAUUUGACUAUUUUGAUACCGUCUUGGUUGGUUCUUACCUCAGAAAUCAUAAUUUGUUAUGACAAAGGUAAAUAUUGCCAGAAUAUUUGCAGUAAAUCUCCAUAUUUACAAGGAUGUGGCCAAACUGUCUUCUCACGUGUAUAUAACAACAGAAUUAUACUGCGAGAGGGCAGAGUAGGGAGAAGUAGUGUUGUUAUUAUUUUUGUCUAAUUCCCAUUUUCUACCAGAAUCUUCCACACUGCUUGUUUGUUGUAUGACGUGUUAGGUCAGGUUUUAGCAAAUGUUUGUUUGUGUGUAGAGUAGUGUUAAAAAAUUCGGGUAACUUUUCCAGAAACGCAGAUCGAAAGAUUCCGGGAAUCAGGAAGGAAUACGCAGGGAAUCCAGAAUCCUCCAAACAGGAUUUCGUGAUUACUGGAAUUUUGCAAUCCUGGUGUAGUCUUGUGUGAAUGCUGUAUUGAAAAUAAUACUUGUGAAUUCUAUUUUUGUUUUGUUAUAUGUUGGUUGUCCCAUAUUAUCUGAUAUUUUAAACUAACAUUACUGUUGUAAUGUCUACAUAUUAAAAGCACCAUCCUGUCAA